UCCGCCUGGUGCUGGCCUGGCUGAUGCUCUGCGGGAGCCUCGCCCGAGGGGAUGUGUGUGACUCCAACCCAUGCAAAAAUGGUGGCAUCUGUCUGUCGGGGCUGAAUGAUGAUUUCUACUCAUGCGAGUGUCCUGAAGGCUUCACAGACCCCAAUUGCUCUAGUUUUGUGGAGGUUGCCUCGAUUGAAGAAGAACCUACUUCAGCAGGACCAUGCCUUCCUAAUCCAUGCCAUAAUGGUGGGAUAUGUGAAAUUAGUGAAGCUUAUCGAGGCGACACGUUCAUAGGAUAUGUUUGUAAAUGUCCAGAGGGAUUUAAUGGGAUUCACUGCCAGCACAAUAUAAAUGAAUGUGAAUCUGAACCCUGCAAGAAUGGUGGAAUCUGUACAGAUCUUGUUGCCAACUAUUCCUGUGAAUGUCCAGGUGAAUUUAUGGGCCGAAACUGCCAACAAAGAUGUUCUGGCCCACUAGGGAUAGAAGGAGGAAUUGUGUCAAACCAACAAAUUAGUGCAUCAUCCACUCAUCGAGCUCUUUUUGGACUCCAGAAAUGGUAUCCAUACUAUGCACGACUUAAUAAGAAGGGUCUUGUGAACGCUUGGACUGCUGCAGAAAAUGACAGAUGGCCAUGGAUUCAGAUAAACUUGCAGAAGAAGAUGAGAGUCACUGGAGUUAUAACCCAAGGAGCCAAGAGGAUCGGAAGUCCAGAAUAUGUGAAAUCUUACAAAAUUGCAUAUAGUAAUGAUGGGAAGUCAUGGGCAAUGUACAAAGUAAAAGGCACAAAUGAAGACAUGAUCUUUCGUGGAAAUGUGGACAACAACACCCCAUAUGCUAAUUCCUUCACCCCUCCAAUUAAGUCACAGUACAUACGGCUGUAUCCUCAGGUUUGCAGAAGACACUGCACACUGAGAAUGGAGCUCCUUGGGUGUGAACUGUCAGGUUGCUCUGAACCCCUGGGGAUGAAAUCAGGACAUAUCCAGGACUACCAAAUUACUGCCUCCAGUGUUUUCCGAACACUCAACAUGGACAUGUUCACAUGGGAGCCCAGGAAAGCCAGGCUGGACAAGCAAGGCAAAGUUAAUGCCUGGACCUCUGGCCACAACGACCAGUCACAGUGGCUGCAGGUUGACCUGCUUGUCCCAACAAAAAUCACUGGCAUAAUUACCCAAGGAGCUAAAGAUUUUGGCCAUGUCCAGUUUGUGGGGUCCUACAAGCUUGCCUACAGUAAUGAUGGGGAGCACUGGAUCAUAUACCAAGAUGAAAAACAAAAGAAGGAUAAGGUGUUCCAGGGAAAUUUUGACAACGACACACAUCGUAAAAACGUCAUCGACCCUCCGAUCUACGCCCGGCACGUCCGCAUCCUGCCAUGGUCAUGGUAUGGCAGGAUCACCCUGAGAUCAGAGCUGCUGGGUUGCACGACCGAGGACUGAGGUGCAGCCCUCCCCCCUCCCCGUGUAGCUGAAAGUCCCUCCGUAGAAGAAACUGUGCAAAGUCUGUAGUAUGCUGAGUGAACAUGUUCACUUUCAUGAACAAGUGCUCAUUUUGUGGUAGGCCGCUAACUGUCUUUCGCAAAGAGGUCUAAGCCUGCCCUUUAAAUGAUCCAAUCCAAUUUUGUCCUUGGAAGCUGUUAGUGUUGUCCCUUCUGCUGUGGAAUUAUCUUUCUAGUUUUCCUUUGAGUUGUUCACGC